CUCAGGUACAUAAUUUACGAGUUGAAAAUACUUUUAUCCACGUGGGUAAAUGCUUGCAGCAGAAUAAUCAAAAUGAUUGACAUCAUCGUCUUCCUCGGCGGAUGAUGUAUCUUAUCGCCGCGGAUUACUAACGCGCCUUUCAGCUGAAGCCAUUCCAGCAGUCAUUCCAACUUCCAUCCCUUCUCAUCCUCCAGCCUGUCUAUACCAUGGAGCAUUGAAUCCUUCUAUCUUGUGUAAAUCAUCGCGACGAAUGAGUUGUUGUCGAUAUCAGGUUCGAUGAACUACCAGACCAUCAGCAUGGCUGGCGAUACCUCCAGCGGGGGUCGUAUCCACCACCGACCUCCAGGCCAAGGCCCUUCGCCUUCAACACCACCCAGGGCGGCCAUGGGCUCAAGAGAAGGAAUAAUGAAUCUUGAUGAUGCUGAAUAUGAACAGACAUUUCCAAUGGGACGGCCCAAAACCUCCGCUCAGAGUUUCACCGCUCGAUCUCUCCUUGUCGGACUCAUUAUCGGCGCCUUGAUUACGUUCUCGAAUACCUACUUUGGCCUACAGACGGGAUGGAUUAGUACAAUGGCAAUGCCAUCCGCAUUGAUUGGGUUCUCUGUUUUCAAGGUCCUAUCCAAAUACCUAUCUUUUCCAUUCACUCCAAUCGAAAACGUCCUUAUUCAGACGGUGGCGGGGGCAGUGGGAACAAUGCCGUUGGGAUGUGGUUUUGUCGGUGUCAUUCCCGCGUUGGAGUUCCUUCUCACUGAUGGGGAAGAUGGUCCAGCAGGAGAUGGCGGCACCGGAGAAGGAGGGCCUUUGAAGCUAGGGUUUGGCAAACUCGUUCUCUGGAGCUUGGGUGUUUGCCUGUUCGGCGUCGUCUUUGCGGUCCCAUUGAGAAAAGAGGUGAUUGUUAGGGAGAAGUUGAAAUUUCCCAGUGGAACGGCAUCCGCAUUGAUGCUAAGAGUUCUUCACGGGAGUAACUACGGUGAUGAGAAAUUAAAGGGGAGGGCCAGUCAUUCCGCAGGAGUUCGAGAGGAUGAAGGAGAUGACGGCGAACUCGCUCUACCGCGCGAGUCCGAGGAAACCGGCACUCUGUUGAGAAAGGAUGUUCCGGAAUAUGAUACAGACGAGAAGAGGGAUUGGAGGUCAAAAAUGCGCCUGUUGGUCGGCGCUUUCCUUGUCUCCGGUGUUUAUACUAUAUUCUCUUACUUCGUGCCCCAAGUCCGUGACAUUCCUAUUUUAGGAUUCUCGCUUGCGCACAAUUGGUUAUGGACCCUCAACCCAUCCCCGGCAUAUGUUGGACAAGGUAUCAUCAUGGGCCCAUCUACCUGUAUGCACAUGCUCUUCGGCGCAGUGCUAGGCUGGGGAAUUCUGUCUCCCCUGGCAAAGAGCCGUGGCUGGGCUCCGGGACCUGUAGACAGCUGGGAUGAUGGAAGCAAGGCUUGGAUCGUUUGGAUAUCGUUGGCCAUAAUGCUCGCCGACUCCAUUGUGAGUCUAGGUUGGCUGGUGACCAAACCAUUGGUGCAUCGUGCUCCCAAGCUAAAGGCCAAAUUCUUGUCGAGUCGCUUUGGAAGUCAGUUCGCUUCGAAUGAGUCGCAAAACAGCAACCGUCACUCAUACAUUAGCUAUUCCACCUUAAGCCCCAUUUCCGAGGUGUCAUCGUCGCCAGCGCACCACGCUCAACUGACCGAACCUUCUGGCAAAGUCGAUGACGAUGAAGAUGCACCGCCAUCGCAGCUCAUAUCUACACGCACCGUGCUUAUUCUUCUUCCCCUAACCUUGGUACUCAACGUUGUCUGCAUGCACUUCGUCUUUGGGGAUGUCAUGUCACCUUUGCUUUCUAGUCUAGCUACUCUGCUCGCAGUUCUUCUAUCAGUCAUGGGCGUUCGCGCUCUGGGCGAGACGGAUCUCAACCCAGUUUCUGGAAUCAGCAAAUUGACCCAGUUAAUUUUUUCACUCGCAACUCCCGCCUCGCAGUACUCCCGCCGCACCGCACUUGUCACCAACCUCCUUGCAGGAGCGGUCUCCGAGUCAGGGGCACUACAGGCCGGAGACAUGAUGCAGGACCUGAAAACCGGCCAUCUCUUGGGUGCAAGUCCCAAGGCCCAGUUCUACGGCCAAAUGAUCGGCAGUCUAGUUGGCGCGGUUCUAUCCACAGCAGUCUACAAGAUGUAUGUCAACGUCUACGAAGUGCCCGGUCCCAUGUUCCAAACGCCAACGGCAUACGUAUGGAUCUUCACUGCUCGUCUCGUUACCGGCCAAGGUCUGCCCCCAAUGGCAUGGGAAGCAUCCCUUAUCGCCGGUGCGAUUUUCGUGGCCGUGACGGUUCUUCGCAUCGUCGGUGCCUCUCCCAUCGCCAACGGCGGGAAACCAGGCCUCACAGCUCCCUGGAGAGAAUGGAUCCCGGGUGGUAUCGCCGUCGCCGUAGGCAUCUUCAACGUCCCAUCUUUCACACUGGCAAGAGCCAUUGGAGGUCUUAUCGCUUGGUGGUGGUCUCGCAAGCAUGCAGACCAUAAUCCUCCCACCCAGGUUGCCAGCGAUACUGACGUUCAUUUGACCGUGGAACCCCAUGCCGCUGAAAGCACGAGUCACGCAGCGGUCGCAAAGUCCCCAGAGCAGGCUGCGAAAGAGGCAGACGCUGCAUCCUCCGCAGUGGUUGUUCUGGCCUCGGGGCUGAUUCUAGGAGAGGGUAUCCUCAGCAUUGUCAACCUUCUCCUCGCCAGUGGAAAAGUUCCACACCUUUAGUUUUACUGCAUGACGGUGAUUUAAUUCCCCCCUCUAAUUUUUGUAUAUAGACAGUACAUUCUCCCUGUCUUCUGUGAUACCAGCGUUAGCGAACCGAGGCAGUUAUAUGCAUAUGAUAACCAAACUACUGUGUGAUUUUUGCAUUUGACAUCAUAUUUGUUGGGUAUUUGAAUCUAUUCAGUAUCUUCAUGUGGUUACCUCAAGUUUAAACAUGGGGAAAGUAAACAAUGCCUCCCCUACUCUGCACACAGGCACACAAUCAAGAAACAUAACAUAGCAUACAUGGCAAAUAAAUCGGACAUAAUAGACAGGGGAUAUAAAACAUGUAACAUUAAAGAAGGAAAAAAAGGGGUCUUGAAAAAACUGCUCAUCCCUAAGUCGGGCUCUGCCCUUCUUCUGAUCAAUUGUCUUGCUGCAUGCAGCUUUAGAGAAAAGAGGAACAAUAGAUACUCGGUAUCAAUGAAGGAGGACUGGCCUUCAAGGGACAUUCUUGAACAG